UAUGAAAAUUUACAUUUGUUAUAAUACAAAUGAUAAGGACACUUUUGAGAUACAAGUGGGCGCAAUUAAACCUGGUCAGAAUGUAAUUAUUGUGGAUGAUCUAAUCGCUACAGGUACAGCCGCGGCAGCUGGACAACUUGUGGAAAAAAGCGGUGGAAACCUUUUAGAAUACAUUUUUUUGAUCGAAUUGGCAGAUCUGAAUG